UUCUCUGCUGGUAGUGACACAAGCUCUAGCACGGUGGAAUGGGCAAUGACGGAGCUUCUCCAAAACCCAUCAUCAAUGUCUAGAGCUUGCAACGAGCUUGCAGAAGUUAUUGGACCCAAAAUAAACAUUGACAAAGAUGAUAUUGUUUGGUUGCCCUAUCUCCAAGCUGUUAUAAAAGAGACUUUUAGACUUCAUCCUCCUGGCCCGAUCUUGUUGCCACGCAAACCCGAGAGAACAUUGCAAAUAGCAAGUUACACAAUACCUAAAGAUUCACGUGUGUUCAUAAACAUAUGGGCGUUAGGUCGAGAUAAUGAUGUAUGGACUGAACCUGAGAAGUUCAUGCCAGAGAGGUUCCUGGGUUCACCAGUUGAUUUUAAGGGUGCCAAUUUUGAGCUCCUUCCAUUUGGUGCCGGACGUCGGAUCUGCCUUGGAAUGCCAUUGGCUAUUAGGAUGGUGCAUUUGGUCUUCACUUCGUUGUUAAAUCAAUUUAAGUGGAGCCUCCAUGUUGAGCUUGAAAGGGAUGGGAUUGAUAUGGAAGAAAAGUUUGGCCUAUCACUUACGAAGGUCGUGCCCCUUCGUAUUGUACCAACACCGAUUUGA